AUGGCUUCGCUCACCCUCCGAGCUGCAGCGCUAGCAGCCAUCGCCCUAGUCCACGUUGGUGUCCGCGCAACAACCAUCGAACUCCCUCCCUGCCUUGACCCCUUCCAGCCUUUCAUCUACUCCGGCUGCUACGCCGACACCGGCAACCCUCACGCCCUCAGCCUGCGCAGCCAGCUCGACCAGCAGGACAUGACCAUCGAGAAAUGCGUCUCCGUCUGCAAGGGUAACGGCUUUCGUUACGCAGGUCUAGAGUACUACGGCGUGUGCUACUGCGGCAACACCGUCAACGGCCAGCAGAUUGACGAGGAGCAAUGCAACUACCCUUGCACCGGCAACUCCUCGCAGGUCUGUGGAGGCACUGAUAUCAUAUCCGUCUACCAGGAUCCCACUUUCUUGCCGGUUGAUGAGGUCACGGUUGCGGAUUAUGACCAUUUGGGAUGUUGGACUGAUGAUUCCGAGUACGGAAGGGCGCUGGCUUAUCCCCAGGAUCAGCUUGAUGGGUCUACCUUGACGACGGAGAAGUGCUUGCAAGCUUGUCGGGAUGGGGGGUAUCCGUUGGCCGGGACUGAGUUUGGCGGCGAGUGUUGGUGCGGUGUUGUCAUAGGCAACGGGACCUUCUCCGCCCCUGAUAGCGAGUGCGACAUCCCUUGCAACGGAAACUCCACGCAGAUUUGCGGCGGACGUGCUCGUCUCAACCUCUACGUCGCCAACGAGCUUCAGUCACUCGAACCUUGUGGCUACGUGCCGUCUCCCCCAGAAAGUAGUAGCAGCUCUUCCGUCACAGCAUCCUCACCAACAACUCCAGUUGCUUCUUCGCAAUCUACCUCCGACAUAACCAGCUUGACGGCGACGACUUCUGACAUACCCUCUUCCACUACUACUUCUUAUACCCUCGGCUCAACUACCACCACUUCCACCACUUCCAUCACUUCCACCACCUUAGCCACCACCACUUCGCCACCCCCUACCACUACCUUAACAACCGCGUCCACCACCACCACCACCACCACCACCUCCUCCUCCUCCAUCUGCAAAGAAACAGUCACCCUCCUGCCCACCUGCGAGUACAAGUGCGGCAAAUGGUGUUCCUCCCCUUUGCCGGACUGGGACUCCCCCCAGUCCUGCUUCCCCAGCCACGCCAACUGCUUCCUCCAAGUAUCUGCCUGUUUCAAGCAAGCCGGAUGGCCGGGGGCGCUCGACUGCUUCGGUUUUGCCGAGUGGUGCUCAGCCCUGAGCACCUACUGCAAGGGAUCAAGCAAGUCGGGGGGCAUCUGCUCCAAAAAGGAUUUCUGGAAUCACAAGCCGCCUUCGUCGCCCUCCAUUGCCGGACCUGGUGUUCCGACAACGACGGUGAUUACGGUUCCUUGUCUCCCUGUUAGCACUGGCAAGCCGACAUCUACUUCCGUUCCAACGUCCACCAAAGCGGCCACGUUCACAAGCACCACCACCACCACCACCGACACCAAAUGCCCAAUCCCAACAUCCACCUCCCUCUGCAACCCUCCCACAAACAACAAACCCCCCGUAGGCGGGAUCCCUCUCCCCGUGGUAACCUGCAACGACCUUCUCUCCUCCUUCUCGUCCGGUCACCCCUUCAAGCUGUACACGGACUCGGACUCGAGCAAGUGCAAGUCAUACGCUCGCUCGUCGUUCUCGACAGCCUGUCUGGAUGCGUGCCAGGAGCAGUACGAUGAUUGUGUGGAUGUGUACGCCAAGGGGUGCAAGGAAGGAAAGUACCGCAAGGAUGAUUCGACCUCGUACGCGGGGGCGGUGCUGAAGUGUAAGGAGCAGUAUGCGGAUUGCCUGUUGAACAAAAGCAUGAACGUACAGGACAAUGACUGA